UUUAUUGAUGGCCAAUAAAGCCAGCUACUUGUUACACACUGGACCUUUAAGUCCUCAUUAGCUCUUUAAUGUCACAUUUAAAUGAUCUUUAUGUUUUAGUGUGUAUCAUGUUUGUAUUGUUAGAGGGUGCCUCAGUCUUAAAAGUGCAGGGGUAAUAUUAUCUACUAACAGGUACAAAUAAAGUGACUUGGUGAUGAUGAUGAUGAUGGUGAUGGUUUCUCCCCUGAGAGUGCAAGUCUGUUUACCUCAGAAGAGACUUCGCCACCAUCAGUGCUCUUCUAUUUUUAGCUGCGAUUUCUGAGGCUGCCAUGUUGGCUUCGAGGUAAAUGUCCGUCCGCCUCUGAGCAGAUACUGCGGCACUGAGUCACGUCACGGUCCUGAUCUCUGCACGCCGUCCGGAUCUCAGGUUUUCCGUGUUGCUUAAUUAGGACAUGUAGGAGGAAGAGUCCCGGUGCUGCAGCACAGGAGAUCGGCCGGAGAGGAGCGCACAGCGGCGUCAGCUCACAGCCACAAAUAACGUCUUUGGACAUUGACAAACACAACAAAACAUCCGCAUUUACUGUGGACCAGGGGAGGGAGGUUUGUCACCAUGGAAGGUUUAAUCCAGCGUCUGGAGCGAGCCGUGACUCGCCUGGAGCAGAUGUCCGUCACGAAGCAGCCAUCCGGUGGCAUGGCCAAUGGGGACUGUGUCAACGGCAUUGAUGGAGGCAUGUCUCAGUGUGUGGAGGCGUUCGACAGACUCCUGAAGGGUCCGGUGUCAGACUACCUGAGCCACAGCCGAGCCGUAGGAAGAGAGGUGGAGAAACAUGCAGAGAUGGUGAACAACGCCCUGCAGACUCUAAGAAGUUUCCUGGAACUUACUGCGACACACCAACAACCUGCAAAGACAGAACUUCAUGACCUGCUGAAGCCGAUUUCAGAUCACAUCCAGGAGAUUCAGAACUUCAGAGAAAGAAACCGCGGCUGCAGCCUCUUCAACCACCUGUCAGCCAUCAGUGAGAGCAUCCCCGCACUGGGCUGGGUCGCUGUGUGUCAGAAGCCGGGCCCUUAUGUGAAGGAAAUGAACGAUGCCGCCACCUUCUACACCAACAGAGUGCUGAAAGACUACAAGGAAAUUGACAGGCGCCAUGUGGACUGGGUGCAGUCCUACUUGUCAAUCUGGACUGAGAUGCAGUCUUUCAUCAAAGAGCACCACACCACUGGACUGGAGUGGUGCAAGACUGGCCCCAUCGCUCCUCCUUCUCUCUUUAAUUCCUCCAAGACCCCCAGUGCUCCCCCUCCCCCUCCUCCUCCUCCUCCUCCUCCCCCCGGUCCACCUCCAGUCUUCACAGACGAUGACUCCCAGCCUGAGGCGGCUCCACACUCUGCACUGUUUGCUCAGCUCAACCAGGGAAUGGACAUCACCAAAGGUUUGAAGCAUGUAUCAGAUGAGCAGAAGACCCAUAAGAACGCAAACCUGCGCUCUCAAGCUGCACCGACCAAAACCCAAACCUCAGCGACUGCAAACUCCUCAUCGAGAGCGGCUGCUCAGAAAAGACCUCCUCUACUGGAGCUGGAGGGGAAGAAAUGGAGGGUGGAAAACUUUGAGCAGAAACACGACCUGCUGAUCGAGGAGACGGAACUAAAACAAGUGGUCUACGCCUUCAAUUGUAAUAACUCCACUUUGCAGAUUAAGGGCAAAAUUAACUCCAUCAUCAUAGACAACUGUAAGAAGGUGGGUCUGGUUUUUGAGAAUGUGGUUGGGAUUGUGGAGGUCAUCAACUCAAAGAGCGUACAGUUACAGGUGUUGGGAACAGUCCCCACGAUCUCCAUCAACAAGACAGAGGGCUGCCAGGUUUACCUGAGCAAAGACUCUCUGAGCUGUGACAUCGUCAGUGCCAAGAGUUCUGAGAUGAACAUCAUGAUUCCAACAGACGAUGGCGAUUAUAGGGAGUUUCCAGUACCAGAGCAGUUCAAGACCAUUUGGGCCGGCUCCAAACUAGUGACAGAACCCACUGAGAUUGCAGGCUGAUUCAAUGCUUCAUCUUCACCAACAUCACACUAUUGAUUAUCACAAAAAACAAAUUAUAAUAUAUCCAUAUAUCUUUCCAUCCAUUCUAUCUAUUGAAUAAUACAGGUAUAAAAGGGAUUUUUGGUCUGGUUACUGUUAUUAUCAUUUUUAAAGCUGAUCCUUGACUCAUCUGCCAUUUUAUUAGGUACAGCUGUUCAAAUUCUUAAUGCAAAUAUCUAGUCAGCCAAUCCUAUGGCAGUAACUCAGUGCAUUGACCUUCAAACCAGGCAUCAAGAUUUGGCAAAAGGAUGGUGUUAGUGACUUUGAAAGGGGUAUGGUUGUUGAUGCCAGACAUUCUGGCUCUCUCAUGCUCAACCAUCUCUAUGAUUUACAGAAUUAACCAAAUAUAAAGAGCACAUUGCAGCCGUUCUCCGGGGCAAAAAUGUGUUAAUGCGACAAUGACCACACUGGUUCCAGAGUAUAAUAAAAGCAUUUAUGUAAGAAUGUAUAACUGCUGAAAUAAGAGCAAUCUUCUUGUCAAAAUAUCAUUGUCUUUCAACUUCUCUAAAUACUCUUUAUUACCAUUAUUAUCACCGCACGUCAAACAGUUUAACCACAGCAGCAAUACCAUUAUUCAUCAAGAAAAAAAACAUGCACAUACAUCUUUCAGUGGCCAAGCAGACAAGAAAAACUCAAGUUAAUUAUGGGACUAUUCAAUACUUUUCCAUCUAAUGAUUUGUUUAGUUUUGUUAGGUGCAUGGUCGUCAUGUAAAAUGGUUUCACUUUGUGAGCGAAAUCUCUGCACCAGUGUUUAGUGUAUUUUGCAUUAAUAACAAAUGCUGUAUGUCUUGUCAGCGCAUGCCACAUCCAACAAUGAAUGCAAUGUUCUGCAGGAAGAAGAAGAAAUCUACUGAUCAAAAUAAUUAAGCAGGUACUUGGUGACUAAUUUCCAUUAGUUAUUCAUUAUUGUCGCGUACCUUACAAUACUGACAGUACUAGAUAGACCUGCGCACCUCACUCUCGUUAUUUCUUCGUACAUUAUUCUAUUUUGUACUAGGAUGUACUAUGAAGCACCAGCAUAGAAAAGCACUGUCCACCACCAAUGAUUUUCAAAGUGUUAAAUUUACAUGUACACAAUUUAAUGUAAUCGUGUAUCGUUUUUCAAAUAAAAUCAAAACUCUCACA